UCUGUUGGAGACGGAGCACACAGCAUCGCUCUCAAUGACUUAAAGGUGUCGACUGGACUUAUUUUUCCUUACUUCGUGUCAGUGGUCCCUCUCUCGCUGGAUAUAAUGAGAGGAUGGCCAAGCGGCGAGAAACGGACGAAAGAGAGCUGAUAUCCCCGGAUCUCCAGCAACACCAAGGCGAUGAAUCGAAUCCUGGGCACAUAAACAUGGAUUGUGAUGAUGGGGAGGAACUGUCUUUGGAGGAAAUUUUAACGUUGUACAGUCAGCCGAUCAACGAGGAGCAGGCAUGGGCAGUUUGUUACCAGUGCUGCAGGUCUCUGGCGCAGGGGCACCGGAGAAGACAUUCCAAAUCCGCCGCAGCUCGGGUGGUGGAUCAUGCGAAAAGGAUCGAAGGACCCGGGGAUGUAAAGAUUCAUAAAGACGGAACCAUCAGGUUGCAAUAUCAGGGUAGACCAGAUAAAUAUGGCUCGCCCUGUUCAUCGUCAGAGGUGAUCGAGUCCCUGGGCAUCAUGAUCUACAAGGCACUGGACUAUGGGCUGAAGGAGAAUGAGGAGAGGGAGCUGAGCCCGCCCCUGGAGCAGCUCAUUGACCUCAUGACCAACAUGGCCGAGUCUGAGAGAGACGCCUGCCCUGAUGAGGGCUACGAGGCCACCGAGGAGGAGGACGAGGAUGAGGGCGAGGAAGGCCCCGACGGCAUCUGCAGCGUCCGCGGCUACAGGGACAUCCUCAAGCUCUGCACCUCCCAUCUCCCCAGCCCCUCUGAUGCGCCCAAUCACUACCAGGCUGUGUGUCGUGCCCUCUACGCUGAGACCAAGGAGCUCCGCACCUUCCUGGAGAAGAUCAAGAGUGCCAAAGAGAAUCUGCGGCGGAUGGAAUCCGAGAGGUCGGAGGAGCCGGCCAGGGACCUGAACGAGCUGCAGAACGCUGAUUGGGCUCGGUUCUGGGUCCAGGUGAUGAGGGAUCUCAGAAACGGGGUGAAGCUGAAGAAGGUCCAGGAGCGCCAGUACAACCCCUUGCCCAUCGAGUACCAGCUCACACCCUAUGAGAUGCUCAUGGACGACAUCCGCUCCAAGCGCUACACACUGCGCAAGGUCAUGGUGAAUGGAGAUAUCCCACCCAGGUUGAAGAAGAGCGCCCACGAGGUUAUCCUGGACUUCAUCAGGUCUCGGCCGCCCCUCAACCCUGUUGCUGCUCGAAAGCUGAAGCCCCACCCCCAGCGGCCGCGGAGCCUGCAUGAGCGAAUCCUGGAGGAGAUCAAGGCAGAGAGGAAGCUGAGACCCGUGUCCCCUGAUGAGAUUCGCAGGAGCAGACUUGAUGCAUCUACUCCUGAAACUCAGAGGAACCUGUCCAUGAGCGCGCUGGCACUGUCCAAUGGGACGUCGCCAGCUUUGAGCCAGCGGAAUGCUGGGGGCGGGGCUCAGGCCCUGUCCCAGAGGAAGAAGCUCCUGAAGGCACCCACGCUAGCUGAACUGGACAGCUCCGACUCGGAUGAUGAGACUACGCGCAAGUCGAACAGUAGCUCCAGCGUCUCCACCUCGGUGGUGGACGACACGUCUCCAGAGUCUGCAAAGGGCAAGAAGACUCCACCCAUGUUCCUGCCCAUUUCCUCCACCCCCCAGCCCGAGAGACGCCAGACUGCCCAGAGGAGACACUCAAUCGAGAAGGAGACCCCCACCAACGUGCGGCAGUUCAUCCCCCCGACCCGACAGAGCUCCAAGUCUCUGGAGGAGUUCUGCUACCCGGUGGAGUGCCUGGCACUGACGGUGGAGGAGGUGAUGCACAUCAGGCAGGUGCUGGUCAAAGCCGAGCUGGAGAAGUUCCAGCAGUACAAAGAUGUAUACAAUGCACUGAAGAAGGGAAAGCUGUGCUUCUGCUGUCGGGCAAAGAGGUUCUCCUUCUUCACCUGGUCCUACACCUGCCAGUUCUGCAAAAGGCCUGUCUGCUCACAGUGUUGCAAAAAGAUGCGGCUGCCCUCCAAACCCUACGCCAACCUGCCCAUCUACUCCCUGGGCUCCAGCGCCCUGCCAAAGGAGGAGGCCCGGCAAGAAAAGCCCUCAACCAGCCACCACCGGCACAGCCUGCAGCGCACCGUCUCCAGGCUGUCCAGGCAUGGGGACAGGUCACGUGAUGAGGGGGAGCUCCCCAGGGAGCUGACGGAGGACUGGAGCAGCAUGGAGGUGUGCGUGGACUGCAAGAAGUUCAUCUCCGAGAUCAUCUCCUCCAGCAAGCGCAGCCUGUCGCUGGCCACCAAGCGCGCGCGCUUAAAACGCAAGACCCAGUCCUUCUACAUGUCCUCCCCGAAAGCUUCCGAGUACCGCCCCUCUGAGAGAACUAUCAAUGAGGUGUAGACCGGUGCCUUCUGUGACCCCCUACCCCCCACCACCCCCCACCUGGAGAAGACCACUACGGACGGUGCGCGAUGAGCGGUCUGGGUCUGGUGAGGAGGUGUGAUUCAGUCAAUGUCUCUGUCAUCGUUUAUUUCGGUCUGUUUGGUGAUGUCACUGAGGGCCUCUGGUUUGAAAUAUUCAGCCACCUGUGGCUAAAAGAGGACAAAAAAAGAAGAAAAAAACCUGAUUUUUCAUUAUUGUUGUGGUUGUUUUUUUGUUCUUAUGUUCUUGUCGUUACUGUGUACCAGUUCUUCCUUGACAAAAGAAUGGUCAACUUCAGUUCUGGAACUGCUGUACUGCACAUGGUAGAAUUCCCAAUAACCCCCUCUCCCUUCCCCCUUCUGACAGAAGAGACUCUGAAUUCUGAAGUGUACAGUUUGAGGCAGAGUGAACCCUCAGCAUGGUAUAGCCUUUGCUCUCUGCACCCCCCCCCCCCCCCCCCCAAAAAAAAUGUUAUGGACCAGCUCUUUUUUGGAACCCCCCCAGGGGAAAUUGCACUUGGUUGCCCAACAACAGGAAGAGGAAUAAGCACAAUCCCACCAUUAGCCAUGAAAUGACGAAGCAGUUGCAGGUUGUAUAGAAUUUUAUUUUUAUCAAUCAGACAAAAAAACAGCACUGAGAGUUCACAGUGUUCACAGCCUAAAACAUUUGGUACAUAGUUUAAUGGUACAUGGUAACUAAUGGUGGGUGAGUUCCUUGGAGUCAAAGUAGUGGCUCUGUGUAUCUUGUAUUAGGAGAUCUGUAAUGAUCUUAAGUGUUUUCUACAAGUUAAAAUUUUAUAUGGUGAAUUGAUUAGUGAUCAAUGAGCGUAUGCAUAGUAUUUAAAGGCUCAGCUCAGACGCGAGAUAUGAAAAAUGAGAAUGUUUCCUUUCAUUUUGGUCCUAGGAUCUUCAGGAUGUUUUUGGUCAUGGCCUGAUCAGGGUUUUGUGGCCAUUUUUGUCAUGCUUUAGAAGGCUCUCAGUAAUUGCUGCAUCAUUUGAACCACUUAUACAUUCCACAGCUUUCAAGGAAGCUGUAAUGUGUUUACAUUUAUCAAACUUAACAUUAUUUGUGUAUUUUUAAUUACUUUGUAUUAACAUAGAUUUUUUGUUUUUUGAGACAAACAACAUCAAGGCUCCUCCAAUCUAGCUCACCUUUCCACUUCUGUUAGACAUGUCCUAGAAGUUUCAAAUAUAUAUAGUGUAGCAUAGGUAGAUUGGGUCAGGAUGGAGUCAGUGAAAAGCACAGUGUACAGAGACUGUGAACAAAAGGGUUAAAUAAUUGCCUGUAAAUCGUAAGGCUAAAUAUACCUUUUCAAGUCUUAUUUCCUGUUUUUUUUAUUGUUUUUUUAAGGUGGCCGGGGGGGAUUUUAUAGCAUACUUUGGUCAUUUCCUCACUGAAAGGUUUUCCUGGUGCCAAAAAGGGUUACUCUGUCUGAAUGGGGUUAAGUUGAGGCCCAAUGUAAUUUUUACCCUGCUGUAAAUAUCUUGUGAUGAAAUGUACUAUGAACCAAAAGCUGCCGUCUGAUUGGGUCCUCUGUGCUCCCA